AAGGAGGCAAAGUCUGUUCUCCGUGACAUCAGCAGUCCCUUCGUGGACAUUCUAUUGUCUCCUAGAGAGACCUUGGAAUCCCUGUGAUGUCACCAGUAUCGUUGUGACAACCAAUUCCCUACUUUUUCUCUUAGUGUCCAAAGGAUAUAUCCACAGACAUGUUUGCCCGUCUUUGUAGGUGCUUUGGGAGAGUUGAUGUUGAUAGAGAAGAGUCUAGAGUGAAGCAAACGAAACCUAAAGAGGCCUGCAGACAGACGUCAUCCCCUGAAAAUGUCCUAAACAAGGUGCAGGCCAACGAGGAAGAGGAGAGGCUGAAUAGAGAACUGGAGCUAACUACCAAGGAGAGAAAUGAGCUGACAGAUCGCCUCCUUUAUGUGACAGGUGGAUCCAUGAGCAAGAGCCCCUACUUCAGGCCAAAUCCAUUUUAUGAAAACUUGAAGAUAAAGGAGAAAGAGGUCAUGUCAUUACUGCACAACUUAGACAUAAAGAACAUUGAACAUCGUGAGAAAUUUCAGGAGCUCAAGAAGGAGAUUAACUUCUAUCGGUAAGUACUGGUCAGAAGGGCCCAUCAUUGUGGAAUGGCCAUGGCUGCCUCUCUUUGUUCUGGACUGGAGAGCCUGCAGCUCUGGGUCCAUCUCUUCUGCUGUUUAAAUAUCACUGUGCCGUGGGUCUUUUGGACUCAGUUUCAGUUCCAUAAGAGACUGUGACUUCUCACCACAGUGUCUAUGCAUCUUUAGAAGGCUCUGGAUAGAACUAUACUGAUUCAGGCAUCAGAGUGUUAUUAGGCCGACCUGGGCCUCUGGGGUCAUACCAGGUUUAACAAAGCUCAAUGUGUGGACCACAUGGUUAGCAUGACCUCCCUUGGUUCUACUGUCCUCUUGUGGUUGUUUGCUGCCUACUAAUUGAUGUUGCCCCGAUGCAUUGGGCUUUCAUGGAUAGUUGUAGAUCCCUUGUUCUUUUGG